AUGAUUCGAUUUCUGAUUUUAUUUUCGAUUUUUGGAUAUUCAACAUCUCUUUUUUCAUUUUUUCAACAAAAUCAGCAACACGGUUAGUUUUUUUGUACUUAAAAGUUAGAUGGAAAUUAUGAAAAUAAAAACUUUCGGAAACAAAAUUUAUUUUCGAUCCAACAAAUAUCUGGGAUAUUUUAAACCUAUCAAUCUUUUUUCCCCGACAUAAGUACAGUAGUUAUAAUAUAAUUAGUUCAAAUUAUUAACCAGUAUAUUAUGUUUAUGUCACCUGUGCAUUUGCUUUUGUUUCCGGUGUUUCGACAGCUUGUCGGAAACGGCAUAAAUUUAGAGAAAAGAAGAAGAAGGAAAAAGAAGCGGCAAUUAUUCACACUUGAUGAAAAUUGAGCAAAAAUAUUAGAUAGAAAUUGAAUUAGAAUAAGGUAUAUGUAAUAUUUUUGAAGUUAUCACCUUUUAUUUCUAGCUCCAUGAAAAUGAUAAAAUAAUAAAUGUUCCCAAAACUAAAUUUCGAAUGGAUCACGUUUUGAAUCAAAUAUUCUUCUCACUUGUCAAUAAAUUAUUCUCAAUUUGACCGAUGUAAUCGCGAUUUUCAAGAUUUUCAUCUAGUGGAUCGAUUUUUCUAGACACCAUUUGUGAUAUUGAACAAAUCUACGAAGAACAUUACUGUAGGUUUGUAAAUUAUUGCAAAUUCCAAAAAUUAAACAAUUUGAAAAAAAAAUGAUUAAAAUUCAAAGGUGUUGCUCACAACUCUUUAGGAAGUCAUUUUUGCGUGACAUUUUUCACGUCAACUCGAUUUUGAUUUUUGUAAACCAUUUCUUGGAGUAUAAUUUUUCGAAACAGUCAGCCGAAAAUCACGAAAAUUAAUCUUGAGUGAGUUGAAAUACUUUGUUUUUUGAUUUCGGGAAAUCAAUCGAUUCAUCUAGAAGAAGUUUGGCAGUAAAUAUUAAAACCGAAACUUUUUUAAAAACUUAAUUUUGCAAUAAAAAAUUCAUUGAAGUCCAGUCUCGUCUAGUGGAGUUUAAACAAAAACAAUAAAAAAAACUCACAGGCGAAAAAAUCAAACAUUUUUCUUAAUUGCAGACUAACCAGAUUUAAAUUUGAUCUACCUAAAAAUCAGUGCGCGAAAAAAUCAUUUUGUUGUUUUUUCUUUUCAUUUUCACUUUUUUGUCGAUUCUCAAAUGAGAGAUAAUAUGAAUCGAGAAGUGAUCAAAGCUGACUCUGGAGAACGGUGCGCUUUGCUUUACAUCGCCUGAACAGAUGAACCGUCGAGAAAUUUUUAGGAGAAGAGAGAAAGCGCGCUCUAUCACACACAAUUUUCUAAUUGCGCCAUUAUUUUUCACUUCUCAGAGAAGUUGGACGAUUAAUCGCCUAGUAACUUGAAUUAGCUGCUGGCUAACCGAUUAAUCGCCUGUGUUAAUUUAGUUCAGGCGAUUAAUCGUAAGUUCACUUUACUCGGCGAUUAAUCGUCCAACUUGUCUGAGUUGUUUCCUCUUUGUCUCUGACAUUUUUCUACUUAAGUUCUUUUUCCAUUUUUUCUCAGCGGGUGCUCGCGUAACGGAAAGCGCGCCCGCCGUGGGGUACGUAGGGUACAUGACAUGCUCCUUUUCCCCUGAAAGUCCACAAUGAAAAAUGUCCUUUUUUGUCUGGUUUUUUCGCCUGUGAAACUGAGAUUAUUGAAAAAGCCAAAAUUUAAUUAUUCAAAUUUUUGUUUUUUCAGAAAAUCAUGUUCCGAAUGCACCUCAAAAUGUUCGAGUCAAAACACAAUCAACAUCAGCAACUCUUUGGUGGGAUGCUCCUCCUGAUCCAACUAUUUUAAUUAGAGGAUAUACUGUAGAAUAUGGAGAAGGAAGUAUAUCACAAAGAAUUGUUAUUGAAGGUUCUGAUAGUUCUUCAUUCACUAUCAAUCGAUUAAGUAAGACUGAAAGAAUGAUAAAAAAAUACAUUCUAACGAAAUAAAUUAUUUGCAGAUCCUGACACUAAUUACGUUUUUGCUGUUUCGGCUUAUAAUGAAGCAGAUGGUGAAGACGGAACAAAAGUUAUGCUAGCAGCCAAAACUUUAGUUGCCGAAGGAAGUUCAGCUGAAAAAUUGUGGCCACCGACAACUGUUCGAGCAAAAAUUGAAGAAAAUGGUGCAGCUUAUGUUUCAUGGGAAGAUCCGAAUCCAAAUGCUGUUUCACAUCGACAAUAUGUUGUCAAGUAUGAUUUUUAUUCUGAAUGUUAUCUUAUUUCAAAUAUAUUUUACAUUUUUUAGUUACGGUAUUCACGAGAGUGAAAUUCAACAAAAAGUGCGAUCAAAUGCGAAAUAUGUUCGAUUAAAUGGUCUUUCUCCAGGAAAAGAAUAUGAAGUUUCUGUAAAAGUUGUAUCCGAAGAUGGAAAUGAAAGUCCGUGGAGUAUUCGUGAUUUAUUUUUGGUACCUGAAGGUCAGUUUUCAAAUUUUUAUGAUGAUUCGUUCGAAUAUCAUUUUUACGAUAACUAAGGUCAUUUUCAAAAAAUGACAGUAAUGUGUUUUUUUCUGACAAAGAAUGAUGUUUUUAGUGAAAAAUUCGGAUAUUCGUUCGAAAUUCGAUUGGAUUUGUCGAAUAAAUGACACUGAAAUGUGCUCGAUUGAAACAUCGGAUCAUUGGAAAUUAUGCGCAGAAAAACAUGAUUUUUAUACCCAAAGACAAUCAGGCGCUUGUCCUCGAGCACAGUAUCCUUCAUCACCUGCACAUCUUACAACUCCAAUUAUUCAUUUUCCGGAUGCUCAAUCACUAUGUUUUCAUAUGAGAUAUGCUUUGUUGAAUUUUCAUCCAGCACAAAUGAAAGUUGAAUUGUUCGAAAAAGCUGAUUUCAAAAAACGACACAUCUUAUGGAAAACAAGAAUGGAAAAUGUGAAACAACAUGUUAUUCAGAAUGUUUAUAUUCCAUUUUCAAAACAAAUUUCAGAAUUCAAGGUAAAACUAAAAUAUUUAUAAGAAUUGAAUGAGAAUUGUAUUGUUCGGAUUUCAGGUAUCAGUUUCAUUAAAAUGGGAAUCUCAACAUAUGCCACGUAUUAUUAUGCAUCAAAUGGAUAUUUAUAGUGGCGGUUGUCCUGAAAAAUCAACUGGUUAG